UUUUAUGCGAAAUCCGAGAACGAUAGUUUCAUCUCUAUUUCAAUUAUAUGUUGAUGGUUUGUUUGGAUUUAGUUCAAAUUUACAAUGUCACGAAACAGUGGGCUUACCGAUGAGCAAAGCAAACUAAAUGCUCGCCUGGAAGCCCAUAUGGUCUAUAUAUGCCCAGAAUGUGGCAAGGCGUUUCGAACACAGGCUGAAUGGCGAGAGCACUUGAACACGAAACACGAAUACCUCAAAAAGACGUAUUCUGACUUUAAUUUCAUUCAAAUCGAUGAGAAUUUCCACGAAUGCCAACUUUGUUUUAAGUGGGUGGAAAAUGCCCAUAAAACAAUUGCACUGCUACAGUAUCAUUACUUCAUGCACUUGGAUCAUCGAGAAACGUACCGAUGUGUCCAUUGUCGCCUUGCUUAUACACGGCGACGGGCAUUAAACGAGCACCUAUUGUCUACACAUUUAAAAGAAAUUGAGAAGUAUGAGGCGAAGUUGAAGCAAGUGAAGCGAAGCCAAGAUGAAAAAAAAAUAUCAAAGGGGAAAUCUGCAAAACUACCGCGCAAGCGAAAUGACCUUUUGCAAAAGGCGUUGAUGGAUAUUGAUCUGCAGGGUGAAGAUCAGGAUGCAGCAACAUCAUCAGCAGCAUCUGCAGGAAAAGCCAAACCAAAUGACAGUGAACAGGCACUUGAUCGCUGCCUAAAUGCCUACGAAGACAUUGUGCGUAAGGAAAAUGAAAAAAAUGUUGAAUGCGACGUUGAUUUAGAUGCAUUAUGCCAAGAAUUCUUUGAGGAGCGCCUUGAGGAUACUGAUAAUGCGGCAAAGCCAACUGAAGCAAGUUCACAGCAAAACAAGGAAGUGGUUAUCAUUGAAAUAGAUGCGCUUGGUGAAGAUGAAGUGGAUAAGCUGAAGAAGAACAUGAAGAUAGAGCCAGAGACAGAUACAGAAAGAACACAUUCUCUCAAACGUCGACGAUUAUUACAAACACCCGAGAGGGAAGAUGUCCCUACCAAUGGACUUGCGAAACUCAUUUCGUAUUUGUGUCCAAAGUGUGGCAAAGAAAUAGAAUCCAUGGAUGACUGGCGUUGUCACGUCUUUAAGAAGCACAACUUUGAGUAUUUCAUUGAGAAUAGCUUCAAGAUCAAAGAUCGACAGAGCAUUUGCCUGCAAUGUCACGAGGUGAUGCAGACUACCACACGCUCCCACCUGCAGAAGCAUUGCUUUAAGCAUUUACCAUAUCGUUCGUAUUUGAAGUGCACAUUAUGUGAUCGGACGAAGACAAGCAUGUCUAAGAUGUACAAUCAUAUACGUUACAAUCAUCAGGACGAACUUCAUCGCAAGAACAAAACCCAAUUGCUUAUCAAGCCGGAGCCCAAAUGGACAGUACCUACGCCAUCAGACAAACUCCACGAAAGACCUGAACCCGAUCAUCACAUAAGCGAUCAGGAUGAGGAACGCAUUUGUAAAUUUUGUAAUAAGACUUUUAAAACCCUUUGGCGUUUUGAGCGGCAUGCUUUGCUUUGCAAAUCCUAUUUAUCUCCGAAGUCCACAACGGAUAUAUCAGCGGAUGCAUUACUCAAGCACUUGCGGGAAGGACGAUUACGCAUGAAUACCAUAUGGAAGACAAUGCAAAAGGAACUCUAAUAGUAGCGUAUGACAAUCAAUCACCAAAACCCCAGUUAACAAUACAUAAUACGACGUGUACUUUUGUUAUAAUAAAGUUUGCAAUCAUGUUUGUAGUAAAUCUAUGAUAGAUUCCUAUUGCAUACAUUAUAAAAAUGUAAGAUUAUAACCAUAAUCUUGUGUAUCUGGCAAUCCCCAGAGGCAACUAGUUCAGAU